AUGGAAUUGAAGCUGGGUGAUCGGCUUUGCAUCGAUCGCCAAUUUUGUACUGUUCGAUACAUCGGAAAAGUGCCUCAGUGGAAUGAUUUGACGGCCUGCGGUCUGGAGUGGGAUGACGAGGCGAGAGGAAAGCACAGCGGCACAGUUGGUGGCGUGAAGUAUUUUGAAACCGAAAGCCCAAAUGGAGGUUCCCUGGUCAAGGAAAGCAAAGUUAUGAGAGCAAGUGUUGACAGAAAAUCAUUUUCUGAAGCCUUGAGUUUAGUGUACUUGUCUGAAUUACAAGCUAAUCCUGCUGUUUAUUUUGGUUGUAAGAAGGUAGAAAUGCUGGGACUGGACACACUUAGCACAAAAAACCAAGACAUUGAGCAUUUGAAAGUUGUUAAUCUCUCUAAUAGAGGCAUUACACAAGCAGGGGAAGAAAGGGAAUUGGAUGGGACUACGGGGAAACUCAAAAACCUCAAGGAUCUAGAUCUGUCGUUCAAUUUGUUCACAGAUUUCACCGAAGUGCUCAACAUUGUGCGCGGCAUUCCAAGCUUAAGGACUUUAAAUAUCAGCGGCAACAGGUUCUCAGCUUUUAAUCCUGGGGUCGAGAAAAUUAGCUCAGUCGAAGAAUUGAUAGCCAACAAUUGCGAAAUGGCCGGCGUGCCCGUCGAGAAGCUUUGCUCUCUGUUUCCCAAACUGAAGAAAUUAAGCUUGAACGAGGUUCGGGGCUUCGAUAUUGAACGCGUUGAAGGGCUUUCAUCAAAGCUUACAGAGCUGAGCAUAGCGCAAAAUGGAUUACAGUCACUACCAGCUAACAUACUCGCAUCUAGCAUUGAGAAACUAAACUUGUCCUCUAACCCGAUUUCCGAGCUCUUGCUGGAUGAACGUACUACCAUAAAGGAGCUCAAUCUAUCGCACUGUGGAUUUAAGUCUUGGAAAAUGGUUGACGAUCUAUGCGAGAAACUGCCAAGCUUAAAGAAUCUGAAAAUAACUCAUAAUCCUAUCAUGAGGCAGGAUAAAGAUGACCACGCAAUUGAUGCAAGCUUACAGGUUAUUGGUCGCAUGAGAGGACUGGAAUGGCUAAAUGGUACAUCCAUCGACGAGAAGGAGAGAUCUGAUGCUGAACUGUAUGUCAUGGCUCUCGUUGCGAAGGGUCAAGCUCUUAUCGAUGAGAACGGACAGCAAUGGCAGUACUUGAUCAAAAAGCACGGCAUGGUUAGGCGGAGCUCGAAAGCUCCAAAUUCGAUUCCUGGCGUAGAGGUUGUAGUGCUCGACGUUAUUCUGGAGAAAAAUAAAGUCCAAGAAGUCAGCGUUCUACCUUGCUAUUCUGCUCGAUACUUGAAGUCCAUCAUUUCCAAAAUUGUCUCAAUGUCGAUAUUCGAUUUUGAGUUGAACUACACUUCUAAGGAUGAUGGUAUUAUACACGAAUUCAAUUUUGAAUUUUCGCCUAUCGGCAUUUGUAACCUAAAGGACCACGAUAUUAUUCAUGUAGUCAAAACAAAUGGUUAG